AUGAUGCCGCAUCAACCGCUAUCACAGAGAUCUUCGCACGAAUACAUUAACUCACCACGUUGGCGAGAUGGAAGUCUGGUGGACGAGCGUCGUGUGUCAAGCCCAGCGGUGUCCAGCUUGGGAGCAGUUUCGGCGCAAAAUGCCCCCUCAUCAGGAGGCGCCCAUGUGCAACCGCAGCCAUUUCCGAUGCCUGUGGGAGAGUAUGAAUACUAUAGUAGGCAGAAAGCGAAGCCCGAUCAGAACGGUGUGAGGACGGUGAACUUUCGGAAGGUCGGCGGAAGCGUUGGAAUUCGCGUAAUCGGUGGGAACGAAGUCGGCAUUUUUGUUUCGGCGGUGGCGGCCGAUUCACCGGCGGCUCUGCAUGGUGUUUGUUGUGGGGAUCGUAUCGUU